AUGAGCGCAAAUACCAUUGCGGCAUCUCAUGUCACAUCGGAGUCUGGAUCUGGUCUGGUGCACUGUGCCCCUGCACAUGGCGCAGAAGAUUACCUGGCAUUUCGAGCGCUAGGUCUUCUGCAAGGCCCCACGGAUAUCGUUUGUCACGUCGACGAUGCUGGCAAAUUUUCUCCUGAUGUUGCUCAUGUCGUAGGCGAAGAAGCUGUGCAAACACUAGUGGGACAAGAGGUACUCAAGGGUGGAAACAAGGCUAUUGUCAAACUACUGGAGUCCACCGGGUCCCUUGUGAAGGUGCAGAGGAUCAAGCAUCGCGAUCCGUAUGAUUGGAAGACCGGUGAACAUACCAUUGUAACGGCUACCCCGCAAUGGUUUGCCAACCUGGACGGCAUCAAGGAUGAUGCACUUCACGCGCUGAAGGAUGUACAGUUCUAUCCCCCUUCAUGUAUGUCCCCCUUCCAGUCAUUCGUUCGCUCGCGUUCCGAGCGGUGCAUUUCUCGCCAGCGAGUGUGGGGUGUCCCGAUCCCGGCUCUCUACCACACCCCAACGGAUACCGCCGUCCUCUCAUCCGAAUCCCUUACUCACAUCUUACAUGUUGUGUCUGAGGGAGGCGUGGCUCAUUGGUGGAAAGGUCCAGUCGGAGACUUCCUUACCCCCGAGCUACUCGCCCAAUUCGAAGGUGGUCCUGAGGCCUGGCGCAAAGGCACGGACACGAUGGACGUCUGGUUUGAUAGCGGGUCAAAUUGGAGUACACUGAGCGCCCCCGCAGGCGGGAGAAAACAUUGGGCGGACGUAUGUCUUGAGGGCACAGAUCAGCAUCGCGGGUGGUUCCAGAGCCAGUUGUUAACCUCAGUGGGUGUUAGCUGCGGACAAAGCGCUGCAAGGCAGGUGAGCCCAUACGGAACGCUGAUUAUGCAUGGUAUGGUACUUGAUGAGGCGGGCAAGAAGAUGAGUAAAUCCCUCGGAAACAUCGUCAGCCCGAUGACCAUCAUCCAUGGUGGCAAGGAUAAGAAGAAAGAACCUGCGUACGGUGCAGAUGUCCUCCGCUUAUGGGUGGCAACUGUCGAGUACUGGCGAGAUACGUCCAUCGGGCCCACAGUUCUUGCAGUGUGCGGAAUCUAUGAGGAAGAUCUCGAAGUGGGCUUGACAGAGCAUUUUGUGAUGAACGAGCUUUACAAGCUUGAUCAAACUGCUGCAGAGGGAUAUGCAAACUACAAUUUCCCGAAAGUCGUGGAUUCCUUGACCAACUUUGCAAACGUCACGUUGUCAUCGCUCUACUUUGACAUCACAAAGGACUGCCUCUAUGCCAAUGACAUUCAAAGUGUCAAGAGACGGGCGGUUGUGACUACCCUUGCCAAAGUCAUCGACUCUAUGACCUCCGUAAUGGCCCCAGUGCUUUCUUACCUGGCAAAGGAAAUCCACAGUGCUCUCCGUGAAGGUGAUGGAGCUGUGUCCCAGCUAUUUGUCUUUGCGAAGGAGUGGACUCCUGUCAGCGCCGAGUGGAAUGAUCCGCGUGCCGAACAAGACAUGGCUAGUUUGCUGAGGAUGCGCAGCGUCGUGCUAUCUCUUUUGGAACAGGCUCGAGGGGAAAAGCAUCUAAAGAGCUCUCUCGAAGCUGAGGUCGAUAUUAUCUUGCCCAACGAUAUAUCUGUACGACCGUAUUCGCUACAGCUAAUUGAACGCGAAGAGACCUUCUUGAAGACGCUUUUCAUCGUUUCUGAUGCCAACAUCACGGACGAAGGCUCUUUCGGCACUAGUUCACUCGCGUGGUCCUACGUCUCUUCAACGGAUAUACCCGACUCGGACUUGGAGCUGGCGAUUCGCGUUAGACCUGCAUCCUUGAGUAAGUGCCCACGGUGCUGGACGUAUACUCGUGAAGAGGAUCAUGAUUUAUGUCCCCGCUGUGAGGAUGUUGUUCGACGUGCGGAUUAG